AUGAAGCAGAUUGUGCUGCACGCGCUGCACUGGUUGAGCCGUAUAAGUUGGCUUUUCUCUCCAAAGCCCGAGGAACGAAGAGAUGGGUCUACAAAGACGGCUAGAGGGAAGUCUCCAGCUCGACCAAGACCCCUCAGCCGCCCAGCCCCUUUGCCAACCAAUGCAUCUAUCUGCACGCCGGGGCAAGAGACCAGAAGUGUUCAAUGCGAGGCUUCUGGUUCCUUUCCGAUACCUGAACACAUUGCACGUGCCAAGUUAACAUUCCCAUCCGACGUCGCCAGCGAAACAAGACCCAAGGUCAUCACUGACCAGACUCCCCUGCUACCCACGAAGGCCAUCAGGUCCUCACAGCGUGACGCUGUUGCACCGUGUCCCAUCUUACAAGCGAUUGGUGGCCGACAGGUCCCGCAGUUGGCAUUGGGUGGCUGCGGCGCAUUUGGCGGGCGGUUCGCCCCUGAGGCUAUUAUAGGAUUCCUGGACGAACUGACAUCAUGCUUCGAGGCGACAGUCUCUGACCCCGCAUUCUGGUCCGAACAUGACAGGUUCCACCAUGUCCCGACCUCACUUCAAAUAGCUCGAAACCUAACAACCCUGGCCGGCGGUGCUACCAUCUGGCUGAAGCGCGAGGACGAAAACGAAUUUGGCUCCCAUAAAGCCCGCAACAUCACCGGCCAGGUCCUUCUCGCCAAACGCAUGGGCCGCCAGGAAGUCGUCACUGAUUGUGCCUCCGCAAAGCACGGCGCUUUCACGGCGGUCAUGUGCGCCCGCCUUGGCUUGCGCUGCGUCGUGGUCAUGGGGACGGAUGACGCCGAUGCCCAGCAUGCGGACGUGGUCAAAAUCCAAUUACUCGGAGCUAAAGUCUUGACCACUCGCACGCCCUCGGGUAUGGGUAGUCUGCGCGCGGCCAUCGCCGAGGCCCUGCGUUAUGCCAUUUGUAACCAUGACUCAACCUACUACCUCAUGGGUAGUCCGGUGGGACCAAGCCCCCUGCCCACCAUCACCCGCACCUUCCAAUCCCUCUUGGGGAUGGAAGUCGGGGCCCAGCUCCAGGACGUUGGUGUUCAUCCGGACGCGCUUGUUAUCGCCAUCGGCAGCGGCAGCGGUGCUGUGGGGCUGUUCCAACCAUUCUUACAGGACGACUCGGUGCGUCUGGUGGGGGUGGAAGCUGCCGGGGCUGCGGCCCUGACCAACGGUGAGCUGGGAGUGCUCCAUGGUGCACGCACCUUGUUACUUCAGAGCCAGGAGGGUCAGAUUCUUGACUCGCAUUCUAUUUCACCCGAUAUGAAUAUGUCGACUGUAGGCCCAGAGGUGGCCAACUGGAAACAUGCUGGCCGGAUAGAAGUUUCCACGGCUACUGAUGAGGACGCCAUCAAGGGACUCGAGAUAUUAAGUCUCGAGAACAUCUCCGCCGGGCUGGAUUGUAGCCAUGCAGUGAACCAGACCAUUGGUCUCGCGAAAGCACUUGGACCGGGUAAAAACGUGGUUUUGGUGGUCACUGGUCGCGACAACAUUGCCAUACGCGGAGUACAUGCUUAG